CAUUUCAACGUUCUACAAAUGACCAUAACCGCACGGCUCCUCGCCUUACUUCCGCCGCACACUCAACUCUCUGUCCACACUCAAACUAGACGGCGGCCGGCGGGUCAUCGUCGCUUUCUCCAGCAACCACCUCUCCGACGACGGCGUUUCUGUGCUAGCUCCAGAUCGCUCCUUAUUUUCACUCUUCAGUGCAGUGAUUGGCAUUUCCGGACUUCGAAUUUCACUAAGACUACUGAAGUUUAGCUCCAUGGAGCUGAGAAGGUUCGGAUUCAAGCACUGCGGUUCGUUCGUUCUACUUCUGGUUUCAGGUUUGUUGUUGCUACCUGUUAUGGUGAGCUCAGUUGGAGUGAACUAUGGUCAGAUAGCGAACAAUCUUCCUGCUCCGGAGAAUGUAAUUCCGUUGGUGAAAUCAAUUGGAGCUACAAAGGUGAAGCUGUACGAUGCGAGUCCGAAGGUUCUUCGCGCAUUUGCUAAUACGAGCGUGGAGUUCAUAGUCGGACUUGGAAACGAGUACUUGGCUAAAAUGAAGAAUCCGGCAUGUGCUGAAGAGUGGGUGAAGAAUAAUGUUCAAGCGUACUUCCCUGGCACUAAAAUCACUUCAAUCUUCGUCGGCAAUGAGGUAUUAACCUUCAAUGACACUUCUCUUACUGCUAAUUUACUACCGGCGAUGCAGAGCGUGCAUACAGCGCUCGUAAAUCUAGGGCUAGAUAAGCAGGUGGCCGUGACGACGGCGCAUUCUUUGGCAAUACUUGAAACUUCCUAUCCGCCUUCCGCCGGAGUCUUCCGUAGGGAUUUAGUUGAUUGUUUAGUCCCAAUCUUGGACUUCCAUGUCAAGAUCGGCUCCCCGUUCUUGAUCAAUGCGUACCCUUACUUCGCGUACAAGGCGAAUCCGAAGCAGGUUUCGCUGGAUUUCGUUCUGUUCCAACCGAACCAAGGGGUUUUAGAUCCCGGCUCGAAUCUUCACUACGACAACAUGUUGUUCGCACAGAUCGACGCAGUUUACUAUGCGCUCGCCGCUGUUGGUUAUAAGAAACUUCCUGUUCAUAUAUCGGAGACUGGAUGGCCAUCGAAGGGAGACGAAGACGAGGCCGGUGCGACUCAGGAGAAUGCAAAGAAGUACAAUGGUAACCUACUCAAGUUCAUCUGCCAGAAGAAGGGGACGCCAUUGAGGCCGAGCUCGGACCUCAACAUUUAUGUGUUUGCUCUGUUUAACGAGAAUAUGAAACCUGGACCAACUUCGGAGAGGAAUUAUGGUCUCUUUAAGCCUGAUGGUACGCCGGUGUAUCAGCUCGGAUUUUCCAUUAACGACGCCGUUGGAAACGGAACUCAUGGCACUUCCAGCUCGCAACCUUCGCCGCCGGGACCUCCCACUACCUCCACUGGUUAUUUGGCCAUUUCCUCCGCCAUGGAGAGAAACCAUAGGGUUGGAUUCUUGUCAGCGUUGCUGUUUCUGAUGCUGUUCAAGUUGCUACUUUGAAUUUAGGAGAUUAUUUAUUUUUCAAUGUAUGUUUCCGAAAGAUGCUUUGGAUUUAUUUCAUUUAUCAGAAUCAGCCGUUAAAAGCAAAUUGGAAGAUGCUAAAGAGAAUAAGAGGCAGCGUCGGAUUUGGGAAAAGGGAUAUUGAUAUUUCAGUUUUUUAGUAAUUAAUAAUUCUGAUUGUGAAUUGGGUUCGUGGAUGGACAUAAAAUCUGGUGGAUGGAUGAUCCAAACUUGUUUUUUUGUAAUGCCAUUUGGUAUCUAAUUUUAUUAAUUUUGCCAUUUUUAUAUACCUCUCUAUUCUCCACACUUCUGGCUCUAGUUGGACUUUUGUUAAAUAUUCAGAUAUUUAUUGGAUUUGCCUUUUU